ACUCACGCCGACUAUUUUUUUUUUUAUUACGAGACAAAAGUAUUGAUCGCCACAUUUGAUGUUGUGCGGAGGCAGUGUGAAUGAAAGUUGUAAAUGUAUCGGUCUGCUGAGCUGCACUGCGUGUGUGUGUAAAGCUGGUAAAAUCGAUUUAUACAAAGGACAUGUCGGAAACAAGGAAUCCGUUUGAAUUUCUGGAUAAGCCAGCUGUGAUUUCACAGUUUAACUAUCCCAGUAACAUCACCUCCAUCCAUCCUACUGAGGAUGGACACGCCUGGAUAUCGGACAGUCAGUCCAAGACAAUCGUCCUUGUGGAUAACAAAGGCACCGUGGAAAGGAGGGUGAGUCAUCAAAGUAGCAUAGCGGACAUCAGUAUAUCACCCGAUACAAAUCAUCUGUGGUUCUGUUGUUUGAAUGAGAAAGCGGUGUACGAAGUGCCUACAACUUCAGAUCAGCCCAUACAAGCGAUUCAAAACUGACGACGAACCUUUCUAUCUGUGUGUCAGCAAAGAAGGUAAUGUCGUGGUAGGGUCGGAGUGCAAGGUUACGGUUUACGACGGGGAGGGUUUGGUACUACAUCAGACUACACGUGACGUCUCGGGGGUCGUGUCCCCUGCUUCUAUCGCUCAGUGCCCAGUUACAGGGAACAUAGCAAUCGUGAAUGGGGAACCUACAGGAAGUGACACAGAAAACAUCAGUAGCUGGAGGAGUCAUGUUGUAGUGUUUGAUAAAACCCUCGGCGUGAAGUUCCAAUACAGAGGGGAAGGAAUUCAAAACCAGGAAGCGGCACCAACUGAUUCAUUUGGUCCGAAUUCAAUUUCUUACGACUCUUUUGGGAACUUGGUAAUUGCCGAUUACAAAACCUAUACAGUGGAGUUAAUUAAUGGGUCUGGACAGUUCCUUAAAACGCUACACAGAAAUAGUCUUGAGCAAGGAUCCAUAGGGAUAGGUAUCGGCAAUGUUUUGUGGACAGAGUUGGAGUUGGAUUCUGGAAAUUGGAUGAUACAGCUUAUGAAGUAUUACAAAGAAUGAUUCGUCGACGGUGUGUUUCUGUAGAACAGAUAUAACAGUAUCCCAUGUGUUUAAUGCCCCAUCUUCAACAAGAUACAUUUAACGGAACACGUUUCAGAAUAGUCCGAAAUGUGUGAAAAUUACUGCACUUUUAUUUGCCUCAAAACAUUUACUGUGAAAUAUCAGCUUACAUUCAAUGCCCAUUUAUAUUUAAUUUUCUGUAAACAUAUAAUCUGCACAGUGAUAAUAAUUAAAGGUUCUAACUUAAUUUU